CCCGCCCCGGACCCGCCCCUCCCGCCGCAGCCGCCGCUGGGUCCGGGCCUGGGCAGGCGGCGGGGCCGGGGGGGGCCGCGCCGGGGCCAUGCUGGGCAAGGACUACAUGCUGGCCAUCGUCCUCGUCAACUGCGACGACAACCUCUGGAGUGACCAGAGCCUGGAGACAGACCCCGACCUCCCCCCAGGCUGGAGGAAAAUCUGUGACUCUCUGGGCACCUACUACUGGCAUGUGCCGACCGGCACGACACAGUGGCAGCACCCAGCACGCACCACUGGCCCUGCAGGGCGCCCGGAGGCUGAUGGAGAGGAGACAGCCCAGGGAACGGACUACCAUGUCCCCAUGGCAAAGCACUCGGCAAAGGACAGGCCCAUUCCCAGCCCCAUGGCCUCACUAUCCCGGAGGACUUCGCUGCCCUGGCAUGGAGAUGACUUUCAGAGCACAGAGCCCGGCUCCAAGUGCUUUGCUGUGCGCUCGCUGGGCUGGGUGGAGAUCCCCGAGGAGGACCUGGCACCUGGCAAAAGCAGCAUUGCUGUCAACAACUGCAUCCAGCAGCUCUCCAACAGCAAGGGCCAGGGCUCUGUCGAGAACCAGGGUGAGGGCCAGGACCUGGUGAUGAUCCUGAAGAAAGACACCAUGAGCUUGGUGGACCCGCUCGACCGCAGCCUCAUCCACCGCCAGCCCAUCCUCAACAUCCGUGUCUGGGGCGUUGGGUGCAACAACGGCAGAGACUUUGCCUUCGUGGCCAGUGACAAGGACACCUGCGUCCUCAAGUGUCAUGUCUUCCACUGCAAUGUGCCCGCUAAGGGCAUUGCCAAGGCCCUGCAUGAGAUGUGCUCCAAGAUUGUGGCUGAGCGAGCUGUAGCGAGCAGCGGGCUGCCCCGGGCCACCAUGCUGAGGCCCAUCUCCACCGAGGACCUGCCACUGCAAGUGGAUAUCUUGGAAGCAGUGAGGCAAUCCAUACAGACCUACGAGGCGCUCUACAUCGGCAGCCUGCCUGUGCCCAGGGCCAUGGGGAUGGAUGUGCUGAAUGAGGCCAUCGAGAAGCUGACGAGGGGCCCCGGGCGGGAGCACUGGAUGCCGUCCCUCAUCCACGUGUCCGACACGGCCAUGAGGGUGCACCCUGCACAGGAGGACGAGGACGCAGCACACAUCUGGGAGUGCCAGGUCCGGUAUGUGACCUUCCUGGGGGUGGGCCACGAUGCCCACACCUUCGCACUCAUCGUGGACACUGGGCGACGCUUCCAGUGCACAGCCUUCUGGUGCGAGCCCAACGCUGGCAGCAUCUCGGAGGCGGUGCAGGCAGCCUGCAUGGUGCAGUACCAGAAGUGCCUGGUGGCUGCUGCCCCGGGAGCAAAAGCGAGGGCCGCGGCCAGCGGAGCCCCGGCGGGAUCGGGGGACGCGGCCGCCGGGGCAGCCAAGGCGAGCGGGGGCAGCGGCGGGGCGGCGGGAGCCGGUGUCCGCAAGCGGGGGCUCUUCUCCCUCCUGGAAGUCUUCCGCCUGAGGCGAGCCCUGCUGCACACCCCAUAGCGGGCCGGGGCCGGGGGCCGGGGCCGAACGCCCCAUCCCCCUCUCCAGCCCCGGCCCCGCCGCCCCGGCCCCGCUCCCGGUCCCCGGCCCUUCCCGUGCCGCCCCAGCGGGGCCCUGCCUCUUCCUGCCCCGCCCCGCACCGCCGGGAGGAAGGGGCAGGGCCGGGCGUGACGUGGCGGCAUGGCGGAGCUCUACGUGAAGCCGGAAACAAGUGUGCGACGACAUCGCGCGGCGUCUGAUGGUGCUGGAGGACGCGUGGGCUCAGGGGAAGUUGUCAGCCCCGGUGAGGAAGAGGAUGAGCCUCCUGGUGCAAGAGCUCCAGCAGCAGCACUG